AUGUCUGUUAACCGAGACAAUCUUCAUUUUACUAUCCAACACUGGGAAAUCAACAAUACGCAGACCCCCGCUAUGAUUACUCGAAAUAGACCCAGGAAAAUUUUGGAGGAUACAGCAUAUGAUGGCCUGAUGGGAAACAAUCGCACCAUCAAAUCCUGGCAGGCCAUCUCCGUACUGCACGGCAUCAUCCUCAUCAUAGUCAUGCCGGACUCACCCAUGCGCACAAACCACUUCACUGAAGAAGAGAAACACCUCAUGGUCGAGCGCGUACGAAGCGAUCGUACGAUAUUACAAUACCAGACUUUUCGUACCUAUUAA